AACCCACCAUUGAUUUUCAUUUCAAAGCUUUUGAUUGAUUCCUCUCUUUCUUCUUUCCUUCUUUAAACCUCUCUCCAUCCUUCAAUGGCAGCCACAUAAUUUUCUCAGGCUCUCCACUCCCCGUCUCCCAAAAUAUCUCCAUUGCUUCAGCUACUACUCUGGAACACCAGGAUUAUCAGUUAUGGGUGGGGGUUCUAUCGGCGCAUUGGUUCCUACUGUCAAGCCUGAUCCCUCUGCUCUCGACUCCACUGCUUCCCCUGCCCCGCAGCCGCUGCCGCUUCCUCCUCCUCCUCCUUCUUCUUCUCCUCCUCCGCCGCCGCUGCCGGUUGUGAUGGCUGCUCAAUUCGAUGCCGGAGAGGCGAAGGCCUCUGCGUCUGAUGUCAACGCCGAGGAUUUGGAUAAGGAUAUGCUUUGCCCUAUUUGCAUGCAGAUCAUUAAGGAUGCGUUUCUCACUACCUGUGGACAUAGCUUUUGCUAUAUGUGCAUUGUUACUCACCUUCGGAAUAAGAGUGAUUGUCCUUGUUGCAGUAAUUUCAUCAGAAGCAACAGUAUUUUCCCCAAUAUUUUGCUUGAUAAGUUCUUAAAGAAAACUGCUGCUCGUCAGAUAAAAAAGACUACAUCCCCAUUUGAAUAUCUUCAUCAUGCAUUACAAAAGGGCUGUGACAUGUCAAUAAAGGAUCUAGAUGAACUUUUAACCCUCCUUGCUGAGAAGAAAAGAAAAAUGGAGCAAGAAGAAGCGGAGACAAAUAUGCAAAUUUUACUUGGCUUCUUGUAUUACUUGAGAAAGCAAAAGCUUGAGGAGCUUAAUGAGAUACAAGCUGAUCUUCACUACAUUAAGGAAGAUAUUAGUUCUGUGGAGAAACAGAGAUUGGAACUAUAUAGGUCCAAAGAAAGGUAUUCAGGGAAAAUGAAAAUGCUGGUUGAUGACACUGUAUCAACAAAAUCACGGUCUUCAUUAAUUGACAAGAAUGGAAAUGGAGCUAAUUGUUGCCCCCAACGGUCACAAGGCUGGAUGAGUUCUGGGAAUUCACCCAAUGCUAGAGCAGAUGCGAAGACUCAUGUAGGUUCUCAGGGACUACUUAGAAAAGAUGCUCACUGCAGUUCAGAUUUGCAUUCUGUUGCUCAAUCCGGACUAGGCGUAGCAAAUAAAAGGCGGGUCCAUACACAGUUUAAUGAAUUGCAAGACUACUAUCUGCAAAAACGACGAAAUUGGAGGAAGCAUUUGGUUAAGCAAGAGGAUAAAGAUAUAAAGUUGAGCAGUGGAGAAAGUUAUAAUCCAGCUCUUGAAGAUUUUCAGUCUGUUCUAACUUCUUUUAUGCGAUACAGCCGAUUGAGAGUGAUUGCCGAACUUCGACAUGGUGAUCUUUUUCACUCUGCAAAUAUUGUAUCCAGUAUAGAGUUUGAUCGUGAUGAUGAGUUCUUUGCAACUGCUGGUGUUUCACGUUGCAUCAAGGUUUUUGAGUUUAGCUCGGUAGUAAAUGAACCAGCCGAUGUUCACUUUCCCGUUGUUGAGAUGUCUACACGAUCAAAACUUAGCUGUUUGAGCUGGAAUAAGUACACAAAAAGUCAUAUUGCUAGUAGUGAUUACGAGGGAAUAGUAACUGUCUGGGAUGUAAAUACUCGUCAGAGUGUUAUGGAGUAUGAAGAACAUGAAAAACGAGCUUGGAGUGUAGAUUUUUCACGUUCUGAACCUACCAUGCUUGUAUCUGGCAGCGAUGACUGUAAGGUCAAAAUUUGGUGCACAAGGCAAGAAGCUAGUGUGUUUAACAUUGACCUGAAAGCAAACGUUUGCUCUGUUAAGUACAACCCAGGAUCUAGCUUAUACGUCGCGGUGGGUUCCGCUGAUCAUAAUAUUCACUACUACGACUUGAGAAAUAUCAGCCAGCCUCUGCAUGUUUUUAAUGGCCAUAAGAAAGCAGUUUCUUAUGUGAAAUUCUUGUCGAACAACGAACUCGCAUCUGCUUCGACUGACAGCACUCUGCGAUUAUGGGAUGUAAAGGAAUAUAUGCCUCUGUGUGUGUAUAGAGGACACACAAAUGAGAAGAAUUUUGUGGGUCUAACAGUAAACAGUGAAUACAUAGCAUGCGGCAGUGAAACUAACGAAGUCUUCAUUUAUCACAAGGCAAUAUCGAAACCAAUGGCUUGGCAUAGAUUUAGUUCAGAUUUAGAAGAUAAUGAUGAAGAUGCAGGUUCAUAUUUCAUAAGCGCUGUUUGUUGGAAGAGUGAUAGCCCCACAAUUUUAACAGCAAACAGCCAAGGAACGAUCAAAGUGCUGGUACUUGCACCCUGAAUUACAACAUUAGAAAUGACUUGAGACAAAGAAAAGAAGAUAAAAGAAUAAGAAAGGUACAUCUUGAACGCAAUAUCAGUAUCGUGGCCAUCCUGAUUAAUGGUUAGCUUUAAAUCCCAUUUAAUCCUGGAGAACACCACAAACAUUUUGUCUCAAGGAGCUCUCAAUCAGGUACCAAAACUCCACGCCCUCAAUCUUUGUAUAUUAACUUGUAAAUUUUUUGUGGAAGGGUGGGUUAUGCAAAUGCUAUGUGGACUCCAUCUCCUCACUUUUUAUUUUAUUUUAUUUUAUUUUUUAUUUAUUUAAAUUAUGUGAUUAUUUUGAAGCCUAGGAAUGGUUAUUUGUUGGAGAGUUGAAUGUUCAUACAUAGUUCAGAUAAAGUUUUAGUGUUCGUACUACCAUUGAACUUUGAUAGGGAGAGACCAAUGGGGAAGUUGUCAAAGACUUGAAAGUUAUGUAAAGGAAAUGCAAUUUGAUUAUUAGCAUGCAAGUUUUUGGUGAAGCAUGCGAAGUUCAUA